AUGUCCUCGUCCUCUUCGUUGCUGUGCACCCGCAACCAGACCGCGUUAACGUCGCAGUGCAAUUCUCUGUGCGCUGAAGGCCGCCCGUGCGUCGCGUACGCUGCCGGGGACGAAGCGGAGUGCGUCACCUCGCUCUCCACCUUCGGGGCCUGCACGGCGGACGACUAUUGCACCUACGAGUGCUUCGCCAAUGGGCCGGACGACUUUGCAGCCAAUGGGGCCAUCGAUUUCAGCACGUACACGUUCCUGAUCCCGUUCGGGAGCGACGUGGAGCCAAGUGAGCAGGAGUUGGGCUGGUCUAGUGACCAGGAGGCCGCUGCGGAUGCGGAAUUGGCGGUGGCGGGCAACCUGACGACGCAGCAUCCGUCCAAGUCCAAUGACGCACUGCAACACAUUGAGCCACUUGACUUUAUGACGUCCACUACGGGGGUCGUGCUGGUUGGGGGCUCCAGUGUCUUUGGCGUCCGUGGAAAAGUGGCCCGAGUGCAGCUUCCGGAGAAAUUGUUCGCGGCUGAUACACAGCUACAGGCAGUAACAUUGGCGAACCUCGGCUUGGAGCAGAUCCUCGUGUCGUCGUUGCCGUCUGGACUGGUUAACCUGACGAUCUCCAACUGCCUCAUGACGAGUUAUCCAGAGGACCUGCAGGCCAUGAGUGAUCUUGAAUUUUUAGAUCUGUCCAAGAACUACUACGGAUACUUCCCUUCAGAUCUGGAACUGCCGAAGCUACAAACGCUCAACUUGUCCGCUAACAGUAUCGGGAGUUUCGACGGCACUUUGCCGAGCCUCAUCACAAUUGAUCUUGCGGGCAACAACCUCACUUCCAUCCCAUCGACAAUUUUCGAUAUGAAAUCACUGCAGCAGCUGGACCUGCGUGGCAACAAAUUUGCUGGUGUGGAACUCACUUCGACGCAGUUCAGCUUUCUCCAGGAUCUUGACGAUUUCGCAGUGGAUUCAUUUGGUGAGCCGGUCUGCAACACGACCGAGAAGCUUGAAACCAGCUCCAGUACACUCAGCGUGUGUGUAUCCGGUAUCACCAACUCGACCGAAAACGAGGAUUCAUCUUCCAACAAAGCGCUCAUCGCCGGGAUCAUGGCUGCAGUCAUCGUGCUCUUCGUCAUCCUCGCCAUCAUCUUCAUCUUCCGAUGUCUUCGUCAUCGCGCGGAGCGUUUAAAGCCCGACACCGAGCCAGAGAUCAUCCAUUUGCAGCGCCAGCUCAUCAGUCCGACCGAAAAUGCUCCAUACACGCACGCACUCAGUGCAGAGCGAUAUUCUGCUCCAGACUCUGAUGCUGAAGCAGUUCCAAACCAGCACGCCUUCCCUUACGAUGACGAACUCGGUAUGUUGCUCCUGAAUGUGGACGAUCUCGAGUACAUCCGCAAGCUGACAAGCGAACAUCGAGCUCGAAGUAAUCGCGUGACGUUCCUGACGAGAUUCCGUGGCUCACGCUUCCUUGUUUGCAAGAGACUACAGCAAGAAUCGAUCGAUGAAGCCUCGGAGACACAACGCUUUGCUCAAGAGGUUCGCCUUGCUGCGACUCUGGAUCAUCCGCGGAUCGUCGCUCUCGUGGGCAUCAUUUGGAGUCGUAUGUACGGCUUGGAGGCGCUCUAUGAGUACAUGGAGGGAGGGGAUCUACGCUCACAUCUCGCUAGCGUUGACGGUGCCAGUCACGACUUACGAUCGUGGCGUUCACAGAGUGCGUGGAAGUUGCAAGUCGCCUUCGACGUGGCCGAAGCGUUGGCUUAUGCGCACGCGUUCUCUCCUCGACUUAUACACCGUGACUUGACUUCUCACAGUGUGUUGCUGUCGUCACCGCCAGAACUUCGUGCUCGGCUCGACGAAUUCGUGAUAGAGCAGCAAGGAUUCCCCAGCAUGCCGACUAUUGGCAUAUCACUCCGAGAAGAGAGGUGGCUACCUCCUGAGGUGAUCACGGGCGCAGCAGACUACAGCCCUGCCGCCGAUAUGUACGCGUUUGGCGUGAUUCUGUCGGAGAUCGACACGCACUCGUUGCCCUACGAGAAUAUUCAGGGCGUGGUGAGCGGCAGGCAGAACAUGAGCGAAGUGGAGAUCCUCGACCUCGUGGCGUCUGGGAAGUUGCAUCCUGUAUUCACGCUUGGCUGCCCGACGGGAGUUCGAGAGCUGGCAGAGCGGUGCCUGAGCUACGACGCCUCGGAACGACCCACUGCACUGCAAGCGGUCAUUGUUCUACGCACACUGCUAUCAGAAGACCGUCGGACCUCAUUCACUGUUUAG